CUACCUUGACUUCACUUCUUCUCAAGUUCCCACCACUCCAACAACAAUUUUGACAUUUUAAUUCCAGAAAAAAAAUAAAUUUAUUUAUUUAUUUAUGUUCUCCCAUUUGCCUAGUUAUCAACUUGUCCAACUUUUUUAUUAUUCCUUCUUCAUUUCUUAGUCUAUCUCUCUGUUUUGGUAACCAACCUUAGGUUACCAGAAAAAAGCUGUUAAAAGCUGCUUCUAUAUUAAAAAUAUAAUAAACAAUUACAAUAUUUACAUUAGUAUUAUUUCUGUUUUUUAUCCUAAUGGGCCACUUUCAUAGUUUCUACUGCUACAAUUGAAGAAUUGCUCUCUCAGAUCUGUUAGAUUUUGAAUUUCAUACUAUGAAACUAGCAAGGUCUUAUCAACAAUGAUGAUUGUGCAAAGGGCAGCUGCAAAGACAGAACCUCACACUGUUAGAGCCAUCUAACCAUUUAUACAUUUUUAUCAUCAAUUACUUUUACUUAUUAUAUGUGGUUUAAAGAGAGGUCCACAUGCACCAGCAGUGCAUUACUCUCGGUAGUUUUUAAGGUGCAUGACAGAAAGCCCUCAUAUAUAUAGAAUCUACUAAACAGUCAUAAAAGAGAGAGAGGGAGUUGACACACAUUCAAAGGCAUUUUGUCUGUUCCGGUAAAGAAGAAUAGAAAACAGAAAAUACACAUUACAUAGUGCAAUAUUUUCUUCUUAUUGGACGAAGAGGGUGGUGGUGGUGGUGGUGAGAUGAAGAGGUCUCCUAAUUCCUCUUCUUCAUCUUCAUCAUCUUCUAUCGGUGCUGAUUUUGAAUUAAAGAUUAAUAAUAAUGAUAAGUAUCCAAGAAGCAAAAAUAGCAGUAAUAAUGUGAAGUUAUCACAGAAUAAAGUAUUGAAGAAAACAAAUAGCUAUGACAAUAGCAGUGUCAACAAAAGAAGCUCCAUUUACAGAGGAGUCACCAGGCAUAGGUGGACAGGGAGGUUUGAAGCUCAUCUGUGGGACAAGAAUUCUUGGAAUAAUAUCCAGAGUAAGAAGGGACGACAAGUUUAUUUAGGGGCAUAUAAUACAGAAGAAGCUGCUGCUCGCUCCUAUGAUCUUGCUGCUCUAAAGUAUUGGGGACCUAAUACAAUCUUAAAUUUUCAGAUGGAAACAUAUGCCAAGGAAAUUGAGGAAAUGAAGGAUGUUUCACAAACUGAAUACUUGGCUUCUCUGCGAAGAAGGAGCAGUGGAUUUUCAAGAGGUGUUUCCAAGUAUCGUGGAGUGGCUAGGCAUCACCACAAUGGAAGGUGGGAAGCACGAAUUGGAAGAGUAAAUGGCAACAAGUACCUUUAUCUGGGGACCUAUAACACUCAAGAAGAGGCGGCAGCAGCAUAUGAUAGAGCAGCUAUAGAGUACAGAGGAAUAAAUGCAGUAACAAAUUUUGAUAUAAGCAAUUAUAUUGACAAAAUAAAGAAGAAUGAGCCGUCUAUGAAAGAAGCACAAACACAUAUAACUCCAAUCUCUACUGAAUCUAAAGAAGCAGAAGUAGUAGUGGAGCAGGAGGCUCCUUCCACAGUAGUGGCAGAUCCAGCAAAUUCAGGUAACCAGAAAACAGAAAAUAUGCAGAAGAAAAAAGAGCAGCCAAACACAAAUAUCGACGGCAUACUUUCUCGGGAUCUGAGAUGGAGCUUCAUGGAUGCCGAAUUAUCCGAGUUCAACAUGAAUGAUAUUUUUCAAGGUGAAGGUAGUGGGUUGGAAGAUGACAUCAACCUUAUGUGUAUGGCUGAUCCUGAUGAGAGUAGUUUCAAUCUGAACACUAUCUUUGAUGGUCCUGAAAAAUGUGGUGGAGAUAUGCAUGUCUAUGCCAAUUAUUAAGAAGCAAAAGUUCCCCUUCUUCUAAUAUGUGAUCUCUUCAAGAAGCAAAAGUUCUUGUUCUGUUCUUCUAGUAUGGUUCUGUUUGAAAAAUUGUUGGAGUUUGUUUUUCAGCCGUUGGUAUCUGUUGUUAUAGGUGAGGAAAAAACAAAAAAAUAAAAAAAGAAAUAAAAAAAAUGUUAAAGCAGUGUUGUUAUUAAGGUGAGGAUGGAGGUGAGUGGAUAUCUAUCUUUAGAUCAAUAAUGUAUGAAAAACUUGAAUAAAAA